CACACACAUACACACACACAUCGAAGUUCACUAAUCAUUUUCUUCUUUCAAAUCACAGGAAGGAAAAAAAUAGAAGAAAAUAUAUCAAAAAAGAAAAAUAAAGAAAAGAAAGAAAGAUGGACGUGAGAAAGAGAAGAAAACAGUGAGAGAGAGAGAGAGAGAGAGAGAGAGAGAGAGAGAGAGAGAGAGAGAGAGAGAGAGAGAGAGAGAGAGAGAGAGAGAGAGAGAGAGAGAGAGAGAAUAGUGUCACAAAAAAAAUAUACAAGGACGAAGAAGACGAAGGCGUACAAAGAGAAGAAGAUAAAAGUGAAGAAAGACGAGGAAGAAGAGGAAAGGAGGAGGAGGAGGAGGAGGAGGAGGAAGCAGAAGACAGAAUGGGGUGCGGCGCGAGUCACUCCACAGAAGACAAGAUUGACAGUGAUGGGAUAGUGAAUGGAACUGGAGCGGUGUUGGCGGAGGGGGAGGAGGUGCAGGUGGUGGAGGAGGCCGUGGAGGCGCCCAAGACCGAGGAGAGCGGCGCCUUCGAACUGCCGGAGAUCGAAUUCGAGGAUGGGAGUCUCGGCGUGAUGGAGGCUGAGGCCGUGGAAAACCUCCGCAACAGCCUGGGGCCGGACGAACUCUUCACCGACGAGGCCUUCCCCGCCGACGACACCUCCCUCUUCUACUCCGAGCGCGAGGAGACAGAAGUGGAGUGGAAGCGGCCGCAUGAGUUGGUUGAGCUGCCUGAGGUCUUCGUGGACGGCGCCAGCAGGAGGGAUGUGGUGCAGGGCGCGCUCGGGGACUGCUGGUUUCUCUCCUCCUGCGCGGCCGUCGCCAGGAAGUCCAAACUGAUAGAAAGGGUCAUUCCUCCAGACCAGGCCUUGCACGGGGUAGGCUACACGGGCUUGGUGGUGUGCAGGCUGUGGCGGUUCGGGGCCUGGGCGGUGGUGGUUGUGGACGACAGGCUGCCCACGAAGGGAGGGACGCUGCUCUUCGCUCGUAGCACCGACCCCAAUGAGUUCUGGGUGGCGCUGCUGGAGAAGGCAUACGCGAAGCUCCACGGGUCGUACGAGGCCAUGGAGGGCGGUCAGAGCAUGGACGCGAUGGUGGACCUGACGGGCGGCCUGGCGGAGCGCUUCGACAUGGAUGACACGCCGGACAAGCGGUGGCUGCUUAGGCUGCUACGCACGGCAUCCCGCAGCGGCGCCUUUAUCACGGCCUCCAGGAAGAAGGAUGAGCCGUCUAGCGCUCACUGGUCCAAUGACGGGGACUGGCGGCAGGCAUACAGGACGGACGAGCACGGCCUGGUGGAGGGCCACGCCUACACGGUGACCGGCGUGGCGACCCUCAGCCACUCCUCCCUCGGUCCCGUCAGCCUGAUCCGCGUUCGAAACCCGUGGGCCAACGCGGCGGAGUGGACCGGCGCCUGGGCUGAUGAGGACGAGAGGUGGGAGGGCGUUGACGAGAAGCAGCGGACCGGGCUAGGCGGACACACGGGCUCGGCGAUGCACGACGGGGAAUUCUGGAUGAGUUUCGACGACUUCUGCGGCGAGUUCGAGGAGGUGACCGUCUGUACCUUAGGCCCAGACUACGACCACGACGGGACGGUGGACGAGGUGGGGCAGGUCCAGGCUAUAAGAGGUGAGUGGAUUGAAGGCGUGACAGCAGGAGGAAGCAGGAACGACUUCGCUAAAUUCGCAACCAAUCCACAGUUUCUGCUGAAAGUGGAGCACGGAGCAGAGGCCACUGAGGGGGGCGGGGGCGGGCUCUGCAGCGUGUUGGUGGGCGUGAUGCAAGAACACCGGCGCUCCAGGAAAGACUUCGGCGUUAAGAUGCUGCAAAUCGGCUUCGUGGUGUAUAAGCAGACCAAGGACCCCAGCAAGCCCCUACAAUCGGACCACUUCUACCACCACUACGAGGACGGCAGCUCCGGCACCUACAUCAACUUCCGCGAGGUCCUGGCGCGAUUGGAGUUGGUCCCGGGCCACUACGUGAUCAUCCCCGCCACCUUCCAGCCAGACACGCCCGGCUCCUUCAUGGUCAGGGUGUACUCGCCCAAACCCUUCGAGCUGACACAGCUGGCCCGGAAAUGAGGGAGUGUGUGUUUGUGUGUGUAGGGAGAGAGGAAGACUGCGCCUGUCUGUGUAUGUGUGUGAGGAGGGGAAUGAAAGAGAGGUUACGAGAGCCUAGAGAAAGCUUUAGAAAUAUAUUAAGGGGUUGGAAAGAGAGAUUGAGAGCCUAGAGAGUGAGUUAGAGAGAUUAAGGGUUAGAAAUGAGUGUUUGUGUGUGUGUGUGUGUGUGUGUGUGUGUGUGUGUGUGUGUGUGUGUGUGUGUGUGUGUGUGUGUGUGUUGGAGAGGAAAGAACUUGAGAGCCUAGAGGGAGUUAGAAAUAUAUUAUGGGUUACAAAUGAGUGUCUGAGUGUACGUGCGUCCAUGGAGGAAAAGUGUGUGUGUGUGUGUGUGUGUGUGUGUGUGUGUGUGUGUGUGUGUGUAAUUCACCAUUCCCUGAUUACGUGUUGAACUCGUAAUCGCCAGCAGGUACCCUCCCGACAUGAGCAAGUGCUCUUUAUCGUCGAUCUCUGGGUACUGCCAGGACCUCA